UUUUCCCAGUCGUAAUCGGAUCGUGUUGGCAAACGGAUGUCAAUAGCGGAGCAACGAUUUUCAAUUGAACUGAACUGAACCGAAGUGAACUGAGUGAACGAACGUAAUUUGAAAGAAAAAAAAAAGUAAAAACAAAAUCCAAAAAAUACGAAAAUACAAAAAUUAAUUCAAGCGAGCAAAUUACGAACUCUAACACGGCUGAAGUGACAAGUGACUUUCAAAUUCAAUUAAAUACAGUUUGGUGUCUUUGCUUUGAAAAUUUUCGCUAGAAUUCAAUACCCAAAAUGGCAUCUUUUGUGUAUGCGGUUUGGAGUAUUACCAAUGUCGCCUCAGUGCAUUGCGCCGUGCGGCCGGAGUUAUCGCCCUGUACCUGUGAACCCAUCUAUGCUGACAACUAUGUGGAGCUGUCGUGCGAGAAGGUGGACUCGUUCCAUCAGAUUGUGGAUGCGUUGUCGAAUAAAUUUGAUCCGAAUGUGAAUAUUAGCUUAAAAAUAUCACAUUCACAGCUAGAGGAUUUGGAAAUGCGUUCGUUUAUGGAUAUGAAAUUGAAAUUGGUUAAGCUACGUAUGCAAUGGAAUUCAUUGAGAUCGGUGCCUGAAUUACCUUUUCGUGGGCUAUCAAAUGUGGAGUAUCUCAGUGUUGGCGACAAUGAACUCGAAGAAAUCCCUAAGCACAUGUUGAAUCAUAUGCCAGUUGUGAAAACAUUUGACAUGGGACGCUGUCGCAUACGUUCGGUACUACAGGAUGAUCUCAAGGGCACACAAAUGGUUGUAAAUCUAUUUUUGCCUAGCAACAACAUAAAGCGCUUGGAUAAGGGCGCCUUUCCAACCAGCCUAGUCACUUUGCAUCUUGGCCGCAAUCAAAUUGAAAACCUCAAUGGCACUCUACGACAUCUGGACAAAUUGGAAUCGUUAUUCAUCAAUAUGAAUCGAAUUAGCAACUUGGAUGAUGAAUUGCCCGAGUCAAAUCGUUUGAAAUUGAUUAUGGCCCAAAAUAAUUGCCUGGAACGUCUGCCCGAGAGCAUGCGUUACAUGCACAAAUUGGAGAAUCUUCACGUGCAACACAAUCGCAUACGCACUUUCGAUGGCAUUUUCAAACACGCCAAGAACUUGAAUGAGUUUCAUGCCUUCAACAACGAGAUUGAAUAUCUGCGACAAGAUGAUUUUUUGGAAUGUGAAAUGCUAGAGGAUAUCGACUUUUCGGUUAAUCACAUAAAAUCCUUAAACAAUUCGCUAUUGCCCCUGCGACGUUUGUAUCGCGGAAAUAUCUCUUACAAUGAAAUCGAAGAGUUCUCAAUGAGUGAGAUACGUGGGUUGGUUAUGUUGCGGCAUUUGAUGUUGAACAACAACAAAAUCAAGCGUCUCACCGGCCAUCAGGAAAACAAUAUCGAUCAGAAUUCAUACUUGUUCGAGUUUAAUUUGGAUCACAACGAGCUCAAGUCUUUAGAUGGCGCCCUAAUGGGUUUGAACAGUCUACGAAUAUUAAGCUUGUCUUUCAAUCAGCUGGAACGCAUCUUGCCGGAGGACUUUAUCGGUUUAGCGAAGCUAGAGAUUUUAGAUUUGUCACAUAAUCAACUACUAACGCUUAAGGAAAUGGAAAGGACAUUCCUUCCGAAUCUGAAGAUCUUAAAGGCAGCUUACAACAAUAUAACAAGAUUGGAAAAGGAUUUCCAUGGUUUGCCCGUACUGUGUCAAGCCAACCUCACCAGCAACCAAAUAUCAUCGAUUUCUUCCGAAUUAGUUUCACAAACGAGGUGCAUGAAUCACAAUGUUCCUGGCAAAUUGGAAUUGUAUUUAGAUGACAAUCCAAUACUCUGUGACAAUCGCCUUAACGAAAUAUGCCCCAUCAUGCUGAAACAGGAGACGCGCAUACGUGGCAAAUCGCUGUGCUUCGAAAGUGACCAGGAAGUUUGCACGGUUUUGCCGAUGCUGUUUGUCAACAAUUAUCCACUGAUUAUACCAACACAAUUGAGUCAACAAGUAUUGGCCAACGCAAAGCCGGUCGUCAUAGUGCCACUACUAAAUCAACCAUUGAAUAGUGCAGAUGACGUGUUGCCACCUUUAAUAAAACCACUCCUCCUUGCACCUUUACCAGCAAUCUCUGCAACAACAACAACCUCAACAACGACGACUUCCACAACAACAACAACUACUACAGCCGAACCAAUUACCAACGACAAAUUAGAAACUUUAGAAGCUCCAACAAAGCUCCCGGCAUCCACUUUGGAAACGAAUGAAACGGGUGACGCUGAGCAUUUCUAUGGUGUUGGUAGUGAAAAUGUGGAUGAAGAAUAUGCAAUAGCAACAACUACUAUAACAUUGGCACCCAACACAACCAAAGAGCCGGCGAAUUCGAUAGAUUUAAAUAAUAAUACAAUGGAAUCGGAAUUUGCUGGCAAAGGUGAUGUUCCAGUUGGGGAUGAAAAUAUACCAACAGCUGUAGCGGUUGGUGUGGAAGAAAAACCACCAGACGCGAAAAUCAUAACGGAAUUGACUAAAAUUAUAGCUGCACCAGCUAUGGUGGUGGCUCCAGCUGUCAAAGAUGUUGCAGAGGUUGCUGAAAUACCUUUACCAGAGACAGCUUCAAUGCCGCCACCAACUGAAUAUGUAACUGUAGAAUAUAUUCCAAAUUUGGAUGAAUUCCUACCGGGAAAUCGUCCGUCGCCGAACGUACUCGAAGAAGACUCGAAUUCGAAUUCGGUGCAUGUCGAAUUCCCAUCGGUGGUAUUGACCGAACUCGAUAAUGCACCGCAAAGUCUACUAACACCAGAUGAGCCACCCGAAAAUCCUUAAAUUUAACAACAACAAAUACCUAUACAUUAACACAUCAACAUUAUUAAAACUUAAGAUUUCCCAACUGUGCUGUCGUCUGUCUACACCCACUUCAGGUUAAUUAUAAAUUAAUUUAAUUUUGAUUGUCGUACAUAUUUAGUUUUAGUAAUUAUAGUUGAAAUUAAUAUUAUUGCAAAACAGUUUGUUUCACAUUCAAAUCCAUAUCACACACACACACAUACACACACACCCAGCACACGCAAGUAUAUAAAACUUAAACAUCUCUAGUUCGGCUUGAGAAGUGGCAUCCUCUUUCUGGCAGAGGUUAGUCCAUUUGCUAUGUCCUUUCGACAAUGAGAUGCCAUUGCAAGUCGCGUACUCUCGGGUGCUGCAGACUCUAGGCUCUGAGAAUAGGCAAAUAGGCGUACCUCGAAAGGUCUAUCAUUGAGUAGGGUCCUUUAGGUGUUGAGAAUUGCGAUGUUAAUAAGGAAAGGCUUCACAAUUAUAACAUUGCAAAGGUAGCUCGUGAAUUAAGGAUACGUAAAAGACAGUUCAAUUUUUUAUAAUUCGUUUUGCCAAAAAUUUCAUCUAAGUUGUACCACUGUACAAUGCAUUUAAGGUGCAAUGACGCAUUGAAGGCUUUAUUUGCACCGUGCGUACGCAGAUUCCUCGUUUGAGUCUGUGAAAAUAACUUAAUUAGUGUUUUAUAUAAGGGUUCCUUGCAAUGUCUUACAAUCUUCAUUCUUUUUUUGGACAAUUCCUCCUCGGUUUCAUUGGUGCAAUGCGGCGUGCGUUGUCGAUCCACAGCGUGGCAGUCACAGCCUAUUGUGCAGUUAAUACUCGACCCAAAACCUUCUGCUUGAUUUAGAUAUUAUUCUUUCUGAAACACGGCUAUGCUAUUGCGCUCUUCGCAUCCACAACGCCUCCCAAGCUCUGUUUUCGCUGUCUAAUUACUAUUAUUUUUCUUUAUUUUAGUAUAAUAAUGGCACUGGAAGAACCAAAAACUUUCCACUGUCGAACAUUGUGAGAGGUCUUGAAUCGUCCAUUUCAUUCAAAUUCAAUGUUAAGGGGGUAUUCUGCUCUAGAAGCCUUAAUUUUAGGCAUUUUUAAAACUAAGAUAAAAAAAAUUAAAAAGAUUUUUACUAUCAAUUUUUUAUGGUUUUUAUUAAUAUUGGAAAAGUAUAAAAAAAUAAUAAAAACACAAAAAAAAAAAAUUGGAAUUACAGGCCGGCAUAGUGGGGGCUACAUAAAAAACGGUGCUCCAUGGUUGACAAGAUUCCAACCCUUGUAGUGAUCUAAAACAAACAAAUUAAAAAAAUUCUUCA